UAUUCUUCCUUCCUGUACAGUUAGUUCUUCCCAGUCCAAUCCCAUUCAAUCAUUAUAUUAGACUGGUUUUAAGUUGGAGUGAUGAGUGAUUCAGAAUCUGAAAGACAGAACUUGGUUUUCAUCUAUUCCCUCUCUCAAACUGCAAAGACUUCGUUAACUCCAUGGACUGCAACCACUUCCUUUCUCACCUUUUCUUCUUCUUCUUCUUCUCCUCUUUCUUCGUCGUCUUUAGAUCUUCCUAAAUUCCAAACAUACACUUUAUCUAACCCUCGUCGGCUUGUCUGUCAAUGCCAAAGUGCCUCGAAGAACGACCUACAGUUCGUCCUUCAUGAUGCUCUGGAUGCUUCUGGAAUUGACACAAACAAUGCCAGAAUGGCGAGAGAGGGUUUCUGCUCUCAGAUUCGGAGGUUGUCAAAUGUAGAGAGAGAGACGAGCAUUUGCAUAAACAGAGGGGUUGAUUUGGCGAAAACAGCUCUUCACAUUGAUUCUGAAGAUGAUUCCCUCGUUUCCCAUUCUUCGGUGCCUCUGCCUAUUGAUUCGUUCAUGGAAAGGUUGGAUGAUCUUUCUAUGGGUUAUUGCUCGCGUAACGGUUCUUCCUUUAGAUUGCCCCCAGAGGAAUUCCUUGCCUGUCUCGAGAGAUACUUAUAUUUUGAUAAGGGUUUUCAGAGAACUGAUAUCGGAAACCAGUCAGAACCAUGGGCUUUAUAUCUACAUUCGGUUUUGACACAUCGUUCAGAGAUUUACUUCCCUCAUGAUCUGGUCAGUCUUCCCAAAGGUUACCAUAAACAGAAAAGCAAAGCUUCUGACCAACCACAUAUAAUGACAACACAGUCCCUUUUGGUGGCGAUCCUGAGAGAUUUGAAGGAAGCAUUCUGGCCAUUCCAGUAUGACCGUACCAGGAGCUUGUUCUUAAGGGCCGCCUAUGCUGCCAACUGCAUUGAUGGACGAAGCAUUGCAGAAGAGAGUGGUUUUGAGCUUGCAUCUGCUAAGGCUGCUCAACAUAGGCUGGACCGUGGAGUCUGGACUAGUGUACGUUAUGGAGACAUGCGGCGUGCAUUAUCAGCCUGUGAACAUCUGAUCUUACUGGACUUUGAUUCCAAUGAACUGAGAGAUUACAGCAUUUUACUUUAUCAUUGUGGAUUGUUUAAAGAAUCACUCAGUUACCUACAACAGUAUCAAUCUCUGAGGGAUUCUUCUAUACAAGAGAAAUCAUCCACUACUGUAAGCAACAUGGAGAAGGAUGCUGUGGAGAAACUGAUGGUUCGUCUCAACCUCAUUUCUAUGGAGGAAGGUUGGAGUAGGCCUCCUUCUGUUAGAAGUAUAUUCAGUAACAACUCGGAACCUUGGUAGUGUACAUUCCACUUGCCUUUGAUCAGUAUUUCAAUGGAAUCCAUUAGAUACGUGAUGCAUUUUAAGUUUUACCUCAGAUCUUCGA